ACUGUUGUUUCCCGUGGCUGUGUUUGGUCUGGCUCGGCUCGGCUCGGCUCCACCAGCAGCAUCUGCAGCAGCGAACCUGAUCUCGGAGGAAAGAUGGCGGCCCCUGCUCUCUCCGCUCGGUCCGGCUCGGCAGGAAGCCUCGGGAACAGCCCCACCGCGGCCGGCGGGAGGCUGCCGCACGGCGGCCUCGGGCCCGAGCUGGACUUCAGGUCCGCGGCUCGGACGGAGGAUCUGAACCGGCUCAUCCAGGACUUCAGCAAGCACGACCAGCGGGAGUACGACGACCAGAGAGCGCUGGAGAUCCACACGGCCAAGGACUUCAUCUUCUCCAUGCUGGGAAUGGUCCAGAAGUUGGACCAGAAGCUCCCAGUGGCCAACGAGUACCUCCUCCUGUCGGGAGGCGUUCGGGAGGGUGUGGUGGACAUGGACCUGGACGAGCUUAGCGUCUACGCCCGUGGCACAGACUACGAUAUGGACUUCACUCUGCUGGUCCCUGCGCUCAAACUCCACGACCGCAACCAGCCGGUGACCCUGGACAUGAGGCACUCGGCCCUGGGUCACUCCUGGCUCAGCCUCCGCCUCUUCGAUGAAGGAACCAUUAGCAAGUGGAAGGACUGCUGCACCAUCGUCGACCACAUCAACGGGACCACCAACUACUUCUUUUCUCCGACUCUGGUCGCAGACUGGUUCUAUCAGUCCAUCUCCCUGGUGUUGCUGGAGGUGCAGAAGAAGCCGCAGAGAGGGAUGCCACGAGUGGAGAAGGUGGAGAGGUACGGCACCAUCAUCUCCGUCAUCCUGGGCGUUGGGAGCAGCCGGAUGCUCUAUGACAUCGUCCCUGUGGUGUCGUUUAAAGGCUGGCCGGCUGUAGCUCAGAGCUGGCUGAUGGAGAACCACUUCUGGGAUGGGAAGAUCACGGAGGAGGAGGUGAUCAGUGGCUUCUACCUCGUCCCCGCCUGCUCCUACAAAGGCCGCAAAGAGAACGAGUGGCGCUUGUCGUUCGCCCGCAGCGAGGUGCAGCUGAAGAAGUGCAUCUCUCCCAGCCUGAUGCAGGCGUACCAGGCCUGUAAAGCCAUCAUCAUCAAGCUGCUGUCUCGCCCCAAAGCCAUCAGCCCCUACCACCUCCGCAGCAUCAUGCUGUGGGCCUGCGACCGCCUUCCCGCCAACUACCUGUCACAGGACGACUUCUCCGCCCACUUCCUGCUCGGCCUGAUUGACGACCUGCAGCACUGCCUCGUCAACAAGAUGUGUCCCAAUUACUUCAUCCCUCAGUGCAACAUGCUGGAGCAUCUGUCGGACGAGACGGCCAUGCUGCACGCCCGCAAACUGUCCUCUGUGCGCUCCGACCCGGCCGAGCACCUCCGCACCACCAUCGAACACGCCAAGGCCGCCAACAGGUUGACGGUGGAACUGCAGUGGCGCGGCAGUUCCAACAACCUGCCGUCACCGCAGUCUGACGCAGGCGGGGAGAACCAACCCGACGACCGCCUGGCCAAAAAGCUUCAGCAGCUCGUAACAGAGAAUCCUGGGAAAUCCAUCUCAGUCUUCAUCAACCCAGAUGAUGUCACACGGCCGCACUUCCGCAUCGACGACAAAUUCUUCUGAGACUGAGAAAUGUUCUCCCAGGCCUGCUCCUCCUCUUCGUCCUCUCCCUCUUCCUCUUCCACCUCCUCCUCCUCUUUCUCUGCCUUCUCUCUGACCGCCUGGUGCCCCACCUCCUCUGAAACUUAAUUUUUUACAUUUUUUUAUGUUUCUCUGCCACAGAGUGAAGUGAGGUGAUCGUCUCGUUGUGUCUGCCACAGUUUUUAACUCUUAUUUUUCUAUUCCCUCUCCCUGGUCCCUCCUCUUUCACUGUGUGCCCUGUGUUUUCUGAGCCUGCUGAAUGCCUUUAAAUAGAAUAGCAGCAGGUUGUUUUUAAAACUGAUGGACGAGGUGAAAAUCCACCUCCAGAUGGAAUUCUUCUUCCUAUGUAGUUUAAUGUAGUUUAAUGUAUUUAUCAGGGAUCCUGAGACGAGACGGAACCACUUCCUACUGAAAAGAGCACAGAAAGUCCGGUUUAUUCAUCAAUAACAUGAAACGAUGAACGUAACAUGAACAUCCACCUUAAAUAUGAAGUAAUCACUGACCAGUCAUAACCACUGAAUUAACUAAAUCUCUCUUUACACCUUUAUUCUCUAGAGGUUAAACUGAUGCAGGACAUGCAAAAGAUGAAUAUUUAGAUAUUUUGUAAAAUAGUUUUAAUACCAACAAUAAUAUUGAUCAUUGACUUAUUUAAUAAUUAAUACUUAGUAUCUCAUUCAAUUAAUGAUUUUAUUACACGCGUGUGCAAACCAUUAUUCUCAUUUGAUCAGUUUCGUAUCAUUAAUGAGUUUUUCAAAAUUAAGUUACAGUUAGUUAUUGUAAACGUUUCCUCAGAGUAAAUGUGAAAUUGUCAAAUAUCAGUUCAUAACUGUCCUGCUAUUAUUAUAAUUAUUGUUAGUAUUAUCUAUGCGAAGGUUUGUCUUUAAAUGAUAAUGUAAGAGUUAUUAUGAAAGUUUUUAGAUAUUUCCUAAUAGUUGAAGUAAAUCAUCAAAUCUUAAAAUCCAAUAUGAUUUUAUAACACAAAGGUAAAAUAUCUGAAGCUCACUUUAGUUUCAUGUGGUUUUACACUGAACCUGGAACAAGGCUGUGUGUGAGAUGUGUGGGGGGGGGUACCGUCUCAGAAUCAGUACUAACGAGGACUUUAGUUUGAAGGUGGAUUUUCUUCCUCUGACGAAUGUCUUAGUCCCGCUCGGGGUGAUGGUACUAACGUCUUAGAAACUCACUGUAAAUAGAAGAGAACUGACCGACGUGUCGACAGAAGGUUGAAGAUGAUGUGUCGACUAUUCUUUAUUUAACUUUGCACAGAAUGUAAAAAAACACUUUUCCUCUCGAUGGUGAACGUUAUGUUCAUCCUGAUUCUAGAAUGAUGUUUCAUAUCAUUAGCAGGUGACACUUAACCGAAGAAUCGUCAUAUUUCAAACGUGUUUAUUAACCGGAGGAACAGCAGCGAGUACACAGUGAUAUUACAUUAAUACGGCCUGGCUCCAAUUCGCAGAUUCACCUUGAUGGAAUUCCUUACAGACAUGUUGAGUCAUAGAAAUGAAUCGGUAGAGGACUUGAUGAUAACGUGAUAAAACACAACAUGAGCAAAUUCAGAAAACAUCAGGAAUUUGAAAACACGUGCUGCAAACACACAAUUCGACAAACAGACUGAAAGCACAACAGUAUUUGUGUGUUUUGAAGUUGCUUUCAGCCGUCGAAUCAAAGGUUUUACAAACGUGUUAAACAUCAGAAAAGAAUCAAUAAUCAAUCGUGUGAAGCACCGUAUGCUUGGGGGGCGUGGACACCACAGUGUGAUUGACAGCUUGUACUGCUCGAGCUGUGUACUUCCUGUUGAACUCUCAGGUUAAUCUGCUGCAUCGUGACCUUCGUUCGGCGGCGUGUCACAGAAUACCUUUGUGAAAUCACUGACCUCUUAUUCCUCUCACUUUGUUUCCAUCAGACGUGAUCGCACAUUUCAAAAUGCUUCACUGUUUCUGUACAACCUGUGAUUCCUGCUUCAGCUGCUUUUCAUGUGUUGAGGAUCCAACUUUAUUCAACCAGCUCAGGAGACGACGAUUCCAUGUUCAAACGUCUGAAAGUUCAGGUUGGGACGUCCCACCAUGUUUUUCAAACUGGUGGCAAGUUUCCUGCAGUAGCCCCUCCGACGGUCAGUGACGUCAGCGGUUACAACUUUGGACCCUGUAGCCGGUGUCAGACUUAUUUCAGUGAAGAUAGAACCAGUUGUGGAUUUAUCACACUGAAGUGCUCUGAGGCACGUUCGGAGAUCUGGCUCCAGAAGCUUUUAUGAAGAGUACGAGACUAAAUCGUUUACUUUCCACUGCAUUUCUACAAAGCUGCAACGUGAUACUUGGAAAAAAGACGUAUGCUCUCGUGCCCUCGUCUGAGGCGCUCUCCACGUACAUUCAUUUUAGUUGCCCUUAGCGACAACAGGUUAUUUCUGAGAAUCGUCUAAGUAAAAAUGUAUUUAAUACAGAAGUAACCUAAGCAUCAUGGGGGUUGUAGUUCCUGAGCUUGUUGUGUUAAAGAUGAGUCCGUCCCAAUUUUUGUUGUGUUUUCAAACAUUUCCAGAAAAGAUGCCAAAAAAACCUGCAGACAUCAGACCGGCAAUGGGAUCUCACCUCCUCAUCCUCAAGUGCAAUUAGUGAAAAUACAAACACAACAAGUACACACACACACACGUAGCAAAAAAAGACACAAAAGAAAGUAAUACUGGUUUUAACACUGUAACUAACAGGUCAUUGAACCCACCACAGACCGACACACACCAUCAAAGUGCCGUGACCUUUGACCUUACUCCGCUCUCUGUUCAGAACCUUUCAACUGUGACUUUUUAUUUGUGUCUCGCUGCUCUGCUUUGUUCUGAGGAUGGAUUUCUUUAUGCAACGUUGAUGCCCCCGUCUGUGAUGGUCCCCUUACGAACAGAAGAAUUUCAGACUUCUCAGUGAGCUGCUUAAAAUCUUGUCUCCGUAUAAACUCUAUAAAGUGACAGAAAUGUGACGAUAAUCCCUCAUAACAUUCUGCAGGAUGUUAUGUGCAGGGAAUACCGACUGAAAAAUGGAGGCCCCAGAAUCGAACCCUGGGAACUCCGCUCAGAUUUACAAAUUGUCCCUGAGCACGGCACUAAGUCCCAAAGGGCGAAAAUAUCGCACUCGGAAAUUCCCACUUGUGCUCAAUGUACAGAUGUUUUUCUGUAAGGACAACAACGUACACGAAUCAUAUUUCGGCAGCUUGUCAGAUUAAACGUGAACAGUUAGAGAACGUCCAUUUAAACACUCACUGAGGACGAGCUGAAACUUGACAUUCCUUUUCAAUUAAGUACCUUUCACUGUCACAAGGGGGCACCAGUGAGAAAACACGUGUGUACGAUGUAAAGAAUGUGAUCCGGUUUGUGCAGCGGCUCGUUACUGUGGUUACGACAGCGGGAGCUGCGAUCUCAAACCCAGUGAUUUUAUCUCCUGUAUCGUGGAACCACUGUUGUAAAUAGCACUUGAUAAAAUAAGUUUAAACUCCA